AUGGUUAAGAAUUUUGAAUGGGAACGGGAAAAGGAAGAGAAGAUACAAAUGCAUGCGGACAAGCUAUAUCACCAGAUGCUAGACUAUGAAGCUCGGGUGGAACAAGCAAAAGCUGCCGGUGUCGAGCCGCCUCCUAUUAAGUCCUUGUUCAACCCGAACGCGGAGCCGAUCCCAUCGCAAGCGGAAGACGGUGUAAAGGGACCCAACGGGGCUGUUGUGAUCCCUGGUGGGAUCCAAGUACCGCUUGGUAUGAAAACAUCAAAGCCUCUAAAAGGAUAUGACCCCCCAUGA